AUGACGCACAUCGCUCCUCUUCUUCUUUUAACUCUCAUUUUGACAUCUUCACUCUUGGGGUUGGGGGCUGCGGAAACCUCGGUCCUCUGCGCCUGGUCUAAAGUUUUGUCUAACGGAGAAGUGCACUACAGUUUCCUCCGGCGGGGCUCUCCAUCCGUGCGGCUCUACCACAGCGCCUGGUCCGGGCAGGAGCGCGCUCUGCUCAGCUGCGCCUGGAGCGACGACGCGGCAGUGAUCCACAACUAUUUCUCUCUGUGCCUGGAGCGCGCGCACGAGUUUUCCGAUGAGCCGGAUGAAAAUUUCGAUGUGGAGUCGAUGAUUGGGGGCGAGGAGCAGUGCGUCUCUCUGGCUUCUCCAGGGCCCGGGGGGUCCGAGCUCGGGGGGCGCACAGGGAAAAAGCCGAUGAGGAGGAGGAGGAGGAGGAACAGCGUCGCUCAGAACAGUCAAGGUCAAGAUGAAAGGUCAGAGGUCAAGAUCCAUAAGCGUGUAAAGCGCGGUUUCAUUGUACCCGGGACUCUCUGGUGCGGCUCUGGCAACAAGGCGCCAUCAUAUGCAGAUCUGGGAGUCUUUGCAGAGACGGACAGCUGCUGCCGGGAACACGACCAGUGCAAAUACACCAUCCUGUCCUUUCAGUCAGAGUUCGGUGUCUUCAACAGCAACAUCUUCACCAUGUCUCACUGCGACUGCGACAACAAGUUUCAUAGUUGUCUGAUGGAGGCGAACGACAGCAUCGCUGACGUGGUGGGCUACACCUUCUUUAACCUGCUGAAGAUGCACUGCUUUGAGUUCUCCCACCGACUCCAGUGCACAGAGAGAAACUGGUUUGGAAUGUGUAAAGAGACUAAAAUGGCUCUGUAUGCUGAUGUCCAUCCACCCACACUGUACGAGUCAGAGGUCAGCAUUAACAGUACCAGCUCCAACGCCAACGCCACCAUACCUGCAGACCCACAGCUCUUCUCCAUCACCGCUGCUGCGUCCACCGUCCCUACACCGUCAACGAGCUCACCCUCAGCCUCCAUCACUCCUGUCACCAAUGUCACCACCUCCACAGUCACAAACACACCGGAGGGACCCAAAGUUUCCGUACCUGAGAACACUUUACCCACCAAAAACCGAACUGAGCCGGAUGCUGACACCGCAGAGAUGCAGCUGUCAUGUGGUGUCUAUAAGGAUCUCGAUGAGUGCAGGAACAAGAUCCUUCCCCAGCAGAGGAGAUAUGGCCUCCACAACCCAGAGCCCAGGACGCUGUACCACUGCAACUGUACCAUCAGAUUUUUCCAGACUUUGGUUAAACAAAGAAAACUGACCGAAGUACAGGCCCUUCUGCUUGGAUAUGUGUCUCAAUCUUGCUUCCUGCCACAGGACUGCACAGCAGGCAAAACCUGUACAGCAGUUCUGGUGAGAGCAGAUCUCCCUCCGCUGGAGCAGGGGAGCAGUGCAGAGGUGGAGGAGCAGCACCAUCUACAGGCAGUUAGACUGACGCUCAGGAGGCAAAACACCAGGAGGGCGAAAAGAAAAGACAGAGCGGUGAAGCUUCACAGACUGUGUCUCAGGAUGACUCGGCCCAAACAAAAGAACAAGACCAGAAAACAUGGUCAAAAUGCUCAACAGCCGGCUGUUAGAGGGAGAGAGCUUGUCUGAAAGUGACUA